AUGGCGCCCGGUGCCCAGGCUCAGACUCCGGCGCCCACGGGCACCGCCACCACCGCCACCACCGCCGCCGCCGACGUUCACGCUGCCGCCCUGGGCGCAGCCAUCUUGGGAGAGCCGGAAGCGAGUCACAUGCGCCACGGAGCCCUCAGCAGGCAGGAGGCCGAGAGCGAGCGGGACCGGGACCGGGGCCAGGGCCGGGACCGGGACGGGAUGGAAUGGAGGAGCAGGGGAAGCUCGAGGCCGGGCUCCGCGGGAGCCGGUCCCCGGCCCGGAAGAGAAACAAGCCUGCAGGGCGCGGGGGCGAGUCUCCGCCGAGCCAGGGAGGACCCGGCCACCCCGCGGGAAGAGGAAAGCGCGAGCGCGCGGGGACGGGCCGGGGCAGCCGAGCCGGAGCCUCCAGGUGCUCGCCGCAGGGAGCACCGCCGGCAGCAGGAAGCCGGGGCUGCGGGCAGCGGGUCUCGCGAGUCGGACCCUCGACCUGGAGGCCACCGCAGAGCCGGAGAAGAGCCCCUCCGAGAAAGGCCGAGCUUGGAGCUUUCCGGCGCCCUUCUCGAGGACGCCAACGCUUUCCGGGGAGUCGUGGUGAGGUACAGCGAGCCCCCAGAAGCGCGGGUCCCCAAGCAGCGCUGGCGCCUCUACCCCUUCAAGAGCGAGGAGGCGCUUCCGGUCAUGCACGUCCACAGGCAAAGCGCCUACCUCCUGGGCCGCCACCGCCGAGUCGCCGACAUCCCCAUCGACCAUCCCUCUUGCUCGAAGCAGCACGCCGUCUUUCAGUACAGACUUGCGGAGUGUCCUCGCGCGGACGGCACAGUGGGCCGCAGGGUGAAGCCCUACAUCAUUGACCUCGCCUCGGGCAACGGGACAUUCCUGAACAACCAGCGCAUCGAGCCCCACAGGUACUACGAACUGAAGGAGAAGGAUGUACUCAAGUUUGGCUUCAGCAGCAGAGAGUAUGUUCUGCUGCACGAGUUCUCCCACACCUCUGAAGUCGGCAGGAGAGAAGACGAAGAGGAGGAGGGAGUAUCUGACAGCUAG